GUUCGUUUUUGAGAUCGCCCCCUCCCCUAUUUUGCCGCCCCGCCAACCAUACCUGCCCGUCUGUUUCCAUAUUUCUUCUUGUAGGUAUCCAUCUACCCGUCUCGCUUCGGGGCCGACUCCAUCACGUCUAUCUGCGCCGUCUUCGUCUCCAUCCCUGUCUCCUCCCGAGAUGGAUCCAAGCCCUAAAUCCUUCCCCAUCCUUUCCUAUGUCAUGUCCCGCCUCCCCUCCAUCGUCGGCCGGCGCUCCGAAACCCCCGUCGAGCCCGACAUCGAGCAGCCCCCCAUCGACGACUCCCGCCGCCGCCCCCACGAGGUGGUGGAGCUGGUGGAGCGGAUGCCCCACCUCAACAACCCCGAGCUCCUCGCUGCCAUGGUCGCCGCCGUCUCCGACGUCUCUCAGACACGCUCCGUCCUCCGGACCCUCGGCGAGCGCCCCGAUCACGAGGCCGUCGACGACGCCCGCGCCCGGAUCGCCGAGAUCGAUGCCGCGCUCGCGAGAGACCUCGAGGAGAUCGUCCGCGCCCCGCGCCCCGAGGAGGAGGACCGGCUCCAGUGGCGGACGGAGCAGGCGGAGCGGGAGAAGGAGUGCCGGGCCCGGGCGGAGAGGGAGCGUCGCGCGUACAAGGCCGUGAUCCAGCUCGACGAGAUGCACGAGGCCUACGAGAAUUUGCUUAAGGAUGCCGAGGAGCAGCUGGUCAAGAUUUACCGAUCGGCCGAGGCCGGCGGCGAUGGUGCCGAGGGCAGCAGGGCUCCCGCCGUGAAGGAAGACGAGCCGGCGAACGAGGAGGUGAUCGGGAUCUUGCAAGAAGCGUCGGGGAAGUGCCUGGAGAGGGUGGACCUGUCGGACCGCCAGCUGAGGUACCUUCCAGAGGAAUUCGGGAAGCUGAAUGGAUUGGUCUAUCUUAACCUCUCCAACAACCAGUUAGAGGUCAUUCCAGAUGCCAUAGCAGGGCUCAAAUGUCUGGAGGAAUUUCGUCUUUCUUCCAACUUUCUGGUUUCAUUGCCUGAUUCCAUUGGACUGCUGUCUAAUCUUAAGAUUCUAGAUGUAUCACGCAACAAGCUCAAGGCACUGCCAGAUAGCAUUUCAAAGUGCAGAUCCCUGGUAGAGCUGGACGCAAGCUAUAAUGAACUCACAUAUCUGCCAACUAACAUUGGUUAUGAGCUGGUGAAUCUGGAAAAGCUUUGGAUCCACCUCAAUAAAAUCCGCUCGCUUCCUACAUCUGUUUGCGAGAUGAGAUCAUUGCGACUUCUGGAUGCCCACUUUAAUGAACUUAGGGGCCUACCUUAUGCUGUAGGGAAAUUGACAAAUCUUGAAACUCUAAAUCUGAGCAGCAACUUCAGUGAUCUGCAAGAGCUUCCUCCCACAUUUGGUGAUCUGAUCAACCUCAGGGAACUUGACCUCAGCAACAAUCAGAUACAUGCACUGCCUGAUACAUUUGGUCGUCUAGAUAAACUGAUUAAGCUUAACUUGGACCAGAACCCAGUGGUUAUUCCCCCAAUGGAUAUUGUGAACAAAGGGGUGGAAGCAGUCAAGGAAUACAUGGCAAAAAGAUGGAUUGACAUUUUAUUAGAGGAAGAGAGGAAGAGCAUGUCUCAAGAAAACACACCUCGGGCUGGUUGGCUGACACGGAGCACUUCAUGGUUGAAUGAUAAGAUUUCUGGAGUUUCUGGAAGUGUUGCAGAAUAUUUGGGUACUGGAGAGAAAAACAGAGAUCCACUUCUUGAUCAGCAAUUGUGAUUUCAUUCUCAUGCCUGCGGCUUUGGAUGGUUAGUUUCAUUAGCAUGUACAGUUUCUUUAGCAUUCUAACAUACUGGGAACUAGUUGUCCGUUUAAGAAACUGUGGCAUUUUGCUUUUAGCUUGAGUGUCUAUUUAUUUUUUGAAGAUAAGUGCACCAAAUACACUGCAUGGUAUCCAUGUACUGUGAUUUUGGAAUCUGCUACCAAUUUGUUCCCAUUGGGACAGGAUCAUUGUUGUGUUUCUUUUUCCCUGUUCUCUUGACCUCCUACUCUUGCUUUAAGCUGAUGACAACAACAGUAGAACUGUAAGAAAGUGCAGCACACUGGAAGGAUGCUUAGAGGACCUCGGUAAAUUUAUUUUUCUUC